AUGCGGGGGGUGCUGCCGCUUCUCUGCCGGCCUCUCCGAAGAGCUGCGGCCGCGGGACCUCCGGGGCUGGACGGGCUCUGCAGCGAAGCCUCGGCUGCUGCUGCUGCUGCUGCUGCUGCUUCCGGAAGGAGCGACGCGGCCACUCAGCUCAGUGUACAACCUACCUUUGGCUUUCUGUUUGACAUUGAUGGAGUAUUAGUACGAGGCAAGACACCAAUUCCUGCUGCAAGAAAAGCCUUUCAAAAACUACUUAAUUCUCAGGGAGAGUUUUUGGUGCCUGUAGUAUUUGUCACUAAUGCAGGAAACUGCCUUCGUCAGAAGAAAGCGGACCAACUAUCUCAUAUUCUUGAAGUGCCAAUCUCCCAAGACCAAGUCAUGAUGUCCCACAGUCCUUUGCGAAUGUUCAGACGCUACCAUGAUAAACGUGUCCUUGUGUCCGGACAAGGGCCACUUCUUGAUAUUGCUAAGCAUCUUGGGUUUUGUCAGCCUAUUACAAUUGACAGACUGCGAGAAACCUAUCCCUUAUUGGACAUGGUCGAUCAUGACAGAAGACCUAAAGCUUCGCAUCCACCUGUAGUGGACUUUCCCAAGAUUGAGGCAAUUGUUUUGUUUGGUGAACCAGUGAGAUGGGAAACAAACCUGCAGUUGAUAAUAGAUGUCCUUUUGACAAGUGGCUAUCCUGGGAAUCCAUAUCCUCAGGGAACCUACCCACAUAUUCCUGUGUUGGCUUGUAAUAUGGAUCUGAUGUGGGCAGCUGAAGCCCAGUCUCCAAGGUUUGGGCAUGGAACAUUCAUGGUCUGUUUGGAAAAUAUUUACAAAAAGAUCACUGGCAAAGAGCUGAAAUAUGAGGCUUUGAUGGGAAAACCUAGUGAACUGACCUAUCAUUAUGCAGAGUACCUGAUCAGGAUACAAGCAGCUACAAAGCAAUGGAAAAAGCCUAUUCAAACUCUGUAUGCCAUUGGGGAUAACCUAAUGACAGAUAUUUAUGGUGCUAAUCUUUACAAUCGCUACCUUGAGGAGAAGAGCUCUAGAAGAAGUUCCAAGGCACGUAUCCAAGCCAAAGUCGCUGGUGGCACAAGCUCUGCCACGGUCUCUCAGGAAGAGGAGCUUGAGAACACUUGGGAAAGUGAACUAGCAUCUGCUACUGCCACAAGCUGUAGGUCUGUCCUUGUUUGCACAGGAGUUUUCAACCCUCACACAGAGGUGCCCUUUGAUACAAGGGAGAGCAUAACUGAGACUGUGUUUCAUGGGCACCGAGAUUUCAGGUUUGAUCCUGCUUUAGUAGAACCAGACCACAUUGUGCCAGAUGUUGAUGCUGCUGUUGACCUAAUCUUCCAGCUGGAAAACUUUGCACCAAAUGGAGAUUGCAGAACUUCCUAAUUACCUCUUUUAACACUGAAAUUCUGAAAAACAAACAGGGGCACUUAGUAUCAACUACUUCGUAACAUGUCUUUGUUCUUACGUGUAACACCUCUAAUACACUCCGAAUUUUUCUAACAACAUUUCCUUUGAUACCGUAAUACUUCCCAUGCUCUGACUUCUUUUAGCAGCCAAUAUUCUAUUAUGAGUUGUGCUUUUUGUAUGAAGUCUUUUCUGUAUGUUAACUUUACUACUCAGUGUAAAGGUUUCAAAGAGCUCUGAAUAGCGAGGAGGAGCAUUCCACGUGUUCAACAGUCCGAAAACAAGCUUGUUGGAACAGACAUUGUUUCAAUUGCAUUUUAAAGGUUUACUCCUAAGGGAUCACAGUGUUCCCCUCUGUAGCAUCCUGGUUUUUUUUUUUUCUUGCUGCUGUUCCCAUUCAGAGUCCCCUUGACUCUCUGUCUUUCCUUCUGUUUCCUUUAUUGAAAGAAGAUAUGGAGCAUUGUGACGUGCGCUCCAGGUGUACCAUGAAAGUAGUAUUUUUUGACAGCCUUCUUUGGAUUUCAGUUUGAACUCAGUUAACAGAAUUUAUAAUCAAACUGAAGGGCAAAGUGCCCUUGAGUACAAUCCACCAAGCAUAGGUUUAUGCAAAGAUCUAUGCAUUUAAGUCGAUGAGAUUUGAGCAAGAGCAGGCAAGAUUUUGCUCAAAUCCCAGUCACUUGAAAGAGCUUCCUGGAAGAAUUUCUGCUAGACUUUGCCCCUUGUCUGUCUGAGUUCCUCGUUAAGUCAUAAGUACACUGAAGUUUUAUUAUUAAUCAUUCUGGUGUGUCUCUUGCACGGAACUGCAGAAUGCCCAACAGCUGUUUGAGCUACUGGUUUUAGCCUAACUCCAAACUGCAAUUGCAAUAAUGCACCCUUGAUUCUAUAUGCUAGCGAAGUGUCCAUCCCCACCUCCUCUAAGUGUCUGUCUGUUUUUUAAGGGUUAUAUAUCUCAUGGAUGUAAACUUUUAAAUAAUAACUUAUUUUAUGUGUUACCGGUUUUAUGAAACGUGUUGUUUAACCCAAAGAAGCCUG